UUGUCAGACCCGUCAUUUAACAGACCGUUAAUUCACGGUAUGGACAGUCAAGUCUGUGCCGAUGGUAAACUGCUGGAAGUAAUCGACGAUAAUUGGCGCAAGGAACGUCUUCCGAUCGACGAUAUAUCGGUUCCAUUCGCCGAGCUUCCUGACCCAGAAAGUGACAAUGGAGAUUCGCACAUGACUCUGAAAGAAUUGGAACAAAAGUGGAACAACUUGGCACUCAGCACGCUUAGCGAGAAUCACUUGCACUCUCCGACGCCGCCGCAUAACUAAGCUAGCUGUAAAUCUAACGU